CACGAAAGCGAGGAAACUUCAGAAGUCUUUUCAUUAUCAAAGGCCUGAAUGUACGGAACUGGCUCGUUGUUUUCGGCUUUUUUUGCCCACUCUGCGUAAAUCAAUAGCCAGUCCGCGUUCAGAAUAGAUUUGUUGUUCGGAUUGGCGUUUUUAUAGAAACUAUGACUGGGACGUAAUCUACUUUUUUGGGCGUCAAAUCCAACACGGUGCUGAAUGCAAGACCUAAGCGAAACUCCUAACGGGAUUAUAGCGUCGGUUCGGUUUGCCCCCUUUGGAUUUCGGAUUUAUCGGCUGUUUUGGAAUGGAAGGCCGGGAGUUCGGCCCUCCUCCUCCGCUGCUUACAGAGCGAGGCCCGCUGGCUCACCGCGCCGCCUCCCGGAUCACUGCAGUCAGCCACGCAGCCGUGCAGCACCCCGCUGCCUUUCAGCCCGGGAAAUACUACCCCUCACACAUCCCCAUACCUCCACAGUCAGGCACUGGGCUGAUGGCGAACUCCCCUGCUUCAUUCAUGGGCACUUUUCUGGCCAGCAGUCUGGGCUCACCUCCAUCCCACCCCUCUGGCCCCCCUUCCUCUCCCUCUUCGCCGCCUUAUCGCAGUGGACCCCACUCCAGCGGUCACUCCCAGAUCUGGUUCCCACACCCACAUGAAGCCCCAGGGUAUUCCCGCUUUUCUGGAAGUCUGGCCCCCACCUUUCUACCCAUGAGCCCCUUAGAUCACCAUGGAAACAGUAGUGUUCUCUAUGGACAGCACAGAUUCUACAACACUUCAAAAGAUUUCUACAUCAGAAGUCUCUCAUCACAGCCCCACCUUCUCUCCACCAAUCACAGCUUACCAUCACUGACUCGGACCGCCCCUAGCCACCCUCUGGGCUCUUGUAGCCGGGAGCGUGACCCUGGGGGAGGAGGGCCCACCCAGAAAAGCUCUAAAGAGUUAGAUAUGGGCGAGCGGGUUAUAGCAGUUUUAGGAAAAGACAAAGAGAAAAGCAAACUGGAGGUGAAAGACCGUCAGCACCAUGAUCCACCUUCACCAGCCACCCACCAUCACCAUCACCUCCACCUCCACCACUCUUUAGGGCCAGAGGAAAGCUCUAGACACAAAGAUGAUCCAAAGCAUCUGAACACCUGUCUCCUUUCUACCAAGACUCAUAAUGACCCUCAUACAGGGACAGCAGUCAGGGGCUCCUCCCUCCCCAGUUGUGUAGGGCCAGGGGCCUUGAGUUUAGGAACUGGUCCAAAAGGGAGUGGAGGUAAUAUCUGUUGCAAAGAGGUGAGCGGUGAGAUGCGAAUCAGUGAGCCUCCAUCAGACUGCCUGCGCCAUAGUGCAAUGCUAGGUCAUACCCAUCCAGUAUCAUACACUAUGCCUCCUCCACUUGGCCUGGGCUCAGCAGUUGGGGGAUCCUGGCCACACCCUAUUCACUCCCACCAUCACCACCCCCAUCAUCCACAUCCAGAACUAUACUGUCCGCCUGGUCCACUAGCCAUUUCUUCUGCUCAGGAUAAAAGUCUAGCUCCUACAACAAGCAGGGAUCGCAAAGUAAUAGGGCCCACUUUUGUGCCCUCUGUGGGACCUCUGGGUGAUAAGAGCAGCGGGUCAUUUCAACUGGGAAACCCCCACUGUCAGGGUCUUAAAGGGAUGGUUGAAGAUGUUCCAGGAGAGGGAACAGGGAAAGCCAAAGCUUCAGAAAAGAGUACUAAUGGAGGCAGAAUGGCUCCUCCUCCUGCACAUCCCCUCUCAACUCCUAGUAAUUGUCAUAAAAAGUCUUCACAUCAACAGCAGCCGGAUGCUUACAGUAAAGCAGACAAGGGUUCAGAUUGGUCUCUAGGUCCCCAUUCACAUUUACCACAGCAGGCACAGCAUGGUCAUGAUCACCAGCCACAUUCCAAUCUCCCAAACCACUCCUAUAGCUCAGAGGCUGCUGAGAAUUCCUCAGAGACAGAUGCUUAUCAACCCUCUCUACCCCAGGGGGCAAAAGAUGGCUGCCAAGCUAAAAGCAGCUCUUAUGCUAUCACUCCACCUUUCCGGGACUGUUCGCACUUAGGUUCCCCUCAUAGAAUUACUUCUGAAAUCAAGCCCAGUAAUGAAAGUGGAUGUACACUCCAGCGGGACAGCCAGAGGAUUGCCAGGGUACACCAUCAUCAGCAAAACAACAAGACUGGAAUUCAAGGUCACGACUCAGAUCUGGGUCUAAGCAGUUUUCGAGACAAAAGAAAACAAGAUGUGAAUAUGACAGCACAAGUGUACGCUGGCCAUCAGGCAGGUUCUUCUUGGGACGUGCGAGGGCAUCAGUCUCAACCUGACAAUGAGCGACACAAAGCUUGUGACUCUUUUGGUACAGGAGACCAGGGCCCUCACGCUCCUUUCCCUGACCACCAGCAGCCCUCGACAGGGACUCAUGGGCCAGAAAACAGUGCCAUGAAAAACCUGAUGAAGUACAGCAACCAGCAACCACACCUGCUCUCCCAGAAGAGCCCAUUUGGGGGUCUAGGUAGCCUGAAGCAGGGAGCAGUGAAUGGAGACAAGAAUGAAAGAAGUGAGAGGAAUCGAGGGGUUGCAAGCUGUGCCCAUCAGGAGAGCAAGCAAACUCUGCCUUCAAGGAGGGUCUCUUCCUCUGGGGAGAGUGAGCGCUCAGAGCGUGCAGGCCGUGAUUCCGGGGAGGGGGAGGGGGAGGUGAGGCAGCCCCCUGUGGGUAUUGCUGUGGCAGUUGCCAGGCAGAGAGAGCCUCUGUGCCGCCCACCAGACAGGCCUGCCACCCACAGCCGCCACGGCAGAGUGCUGCCCAGCAUGAAGGGUAUUGGGCGCUGUAUAUACCCAAUAGAAAGGGAGAUCGAAGAGGAAAGGAAAAGUAUAUCCGAGGAGCAGCUGUCUCUGCCUCCGCUGGACAGAGAAAGAGAUCUUCUGCUUAGGGAAAACAAGGAUCUUGUUGAGUUUGCCAGAAUCCACCCUUCCAGCAGUUGCCAUGGAGACCUGACCUCUCACCUCAUCAUGUCAGGCGGGAGCCAGUUAGGAGCUGAUCCAUCUGUACAUACUCACCCAGCUCAUCACUGGAUGCCUAGAACAGGAAGUCCCUCCCUUUGGAUUGGACAUUCCUAUGGUCUGAGUCACGCCGCUCUGCACCAGAACCUGCCCCCAGGAUUCUCUGCGUCUAUGACCAGCCCCCUGCAACCUGUCCUGCCACUUCCACAGGACCCUGCCCUGGUAGUUUUACCCACUGAGCCAGCUGCCCAUCCUGCUGCCCAUCACCUAGAUGUGAUGGAGCAACAGGGAUUAUGGCCCCCAGUGUAUGGGGCUCGAGGGCCUGCUUCUCACAUACAGCAUUCCUCAGUAUACUCCCGCCAGUUUCUACGGCAACAAGAGCUCUAUAUGCUGCAGCAGCAUCAGCACCAGCAACACCACAGAGCAGCACAGGCAAUGGAGCUGGCACACAGGCAGACACUUUCUCAGAGGAAACCCGAGGAUCCCCCUAUUGAUCUGGAUGAAGGUCCUCCUGAGCCUCGCACCCUGAAAUCAGCAAAAACCUUCUCCUACCCCUCCUCCAGUAAAAGUCAGUCCACCUCCUCUCCAGGGGGAUGUGCUUCUCGUCUCUCACCCUGCUGUCACUCACCAGCCCCACGGCCCCAUCCUAAGAGCACUCCCUGCACCCCCUGCCCUGAGCCAAGCCCAGCUGUAGCAGCACCGCGCUCUCCUGCUCUCAGCCCACAUGCCACCCCCCACCUUCCCAAAGAAGCUGAGUCCCAGGACAAGAGAGGAGAAGGCCAGCCACCACAGGACUAUCCUCACUCUCUGGAGCCUGAUCUUCCACCCGGCUACACUUAUCCUGCCAUUGCAAUUGGUUACAAGGCUGGUCCAUCUCCACAAGAAGUCCAGUUAGCUGAACAUGCUGACCUGGAGGCAAAGCAAGCGGAACCUGCUGAACCAGCACCACAGGCCCUCCUAUUGUCCACUAUGGGGGAGGAGCCUGUGUGCAAGGAAGCAGAAUCCCCUACUUCAACUGCCCUGGUGGGACCCCAAAUUAAAAAUGUCCAGGAAGGCAAUAGAGUGAUGGUAGAAAAGGUAGACUUGAAUGAAGAACAUAAGGGUAUUACCUGCCCUCCUUCCUCUCCCUCUCCAUCUAUAUGCCAACACCCCUCCAAAUCCCCCCUUCCAGAUACCUCACCUAUAGGGGAAAACUUACAAAUAGAGGCAUCUAAUACCAUCACCCUUAAACAACCCAAUUUUUUGGAGGUCCGUGGCUCAGCCGAGGAGGUCAAACCUCGGGAAGAACAUACUCCAAGUCCUAUAGAGGGUUUAGCUGCUGCUUCCCAUGAGCUCCAUUCCAUGGAGCCCACUGAGGAUGUUCAAGAGAGGACAAAGAAAAACUGUGCAUCGCCUAAGACAUCUGUAGACUUGGAGAUCACUCUAGCGUCGCCACCUUCCUCUCCCUGCUCUGAGCUUUCUGCUCUUGGUAACCAGUAUCCUGGAUCCUGUAUCUGGAGUUUGGAGCUUCUGAUUGCAGCGGCUCUCUGCGCCACAAGAGAUGCCCAGAUGGCUACUCCAGUGGCGGUGCCUGCUUGCACAGAACCCCCUCAAAAUGGCAUGGCGCUUCUGAGUGAGCUUGCUGAGCUGGAGAGACGACAGCAAGAGAAGAAUGGCUGCAACAUGGAGAGUGCAGGAGAAGAGAGACUGCUCAUUGACCUCGAGAGUCUAGCAACCCUUGCAGCUGCACGGGCUCUGGAAGUGACUCCACCCAUAACCACUGAGUCUUUCCCUCCCCUACGCCGUACACUUAACCUGCGCAGGAAGUGGAAAUGGACACCGCAACAUGAACCGGCAUGUCCAGUGAAGAGUAUAAUGGAAACAUUGGACAGAGAGGAGCUUGCGAUGAGGGUGCAGCUGGCUGAGCUGCAGAGGCGCUACAAGGAGAAACAGAAAGAGCUGACAAAGCUACAGCGAAAACAUGACCACCAAAAAGAGGAUACCUCAAGGAGCCCAGCUCGUCGAGGCCCUGGCAGGCCACGGAAACGCAAGCCCACCCCAGGACCGACUGCCCCCACAGAUACAGUCAAGAGGCUCAAGUUGGUGGGAGCAGCGUCAGGCCUGCUGGCUGCAGAGGAAGAGCUGGCUGGGGGCGGGGAUAAGCACACAAAGAGGAAGAAGACAGCCAAUAGCACCUACGACCACGUCGGUGGCACACAGGUUCCCUGUAGGCAGAGAGGCAGACCAAGACUGCUAAGCUCCAAGAUGGCCCAGCUUAAGCAAAAGGCCAUUGCCAAGCGUGGAUCUAGUCUAGAGAAUGUAUUUUGUCACAGAGAGAAGCCUGGCUCUGGCUCCUCUGCAGACAAGACACAAAGAAACAUGACUGGACGUCAGAGAGAAACAGGGAGUACUGACACAACACAUCAGAACUUACAUUGCCAGAGGAUAAUGAUGAGAAGAGGACGCAGGGCAAAGAUCAGCCAUGGCCAUGCUUCCUCACUCCUGCAGACGCGAACACAGCAGAUGAUGUCUAACAAAGCCUUCACCAAUAGUAAGCGGGAGGUGACAGGGAAGGACAGCUCUUCCUUGGACAGCGAGUUGUCCGAGCCAGAAGAGGAAGACGAUGGCAUCUAUGACAUCGAAGAAGUGCCAGAGGACAUCAAAAAUCUAUCAUCUAAAUCACAGCUGUCUGGAGCUUGUGCUCCCUCCUCAUCCACAGUGAAGCUAGCUGGUGGUCAGAAUGCCAAAAGCAACAAGCAGAGACAAGGAUUUGGAUCCGUCACUGCCUUGCUUGCUAAGGGGGAAAUGAAGCACAGGAAAAGGGCCCCCUGUAGGUCAUCACUGCUCAGUGAAGACAGGAAUUGCCUAAUGGUGGAAAAGAGACAAAAUGCACUCAGGUGGAGAGGAGUUUCACACGAGAGCAGCUUACAUCAUAAUAAGGUUCUCAAAUGCAUCCCCGAUCUGUUGGACAGGAAGGAUUCUGUAGUCCUUGGAAAGAAGAGAAGUUGCUUGAUAGAAACUGUGCCAUCUCAGAAUGAAGACAUUAACUGGAACAGAAAGUUGAAACUAAAACAGGAUGCAAAAAGGCGCAGCAUGAGGCAGCUGCUGGAAAGCUUUGCUGCAGAAGAGGGAUUCCGCAUGGAGGAUGACAGCAGCUUUUCUGAAGGGGAGGAGGAACUGGAAGAAGAGGAGCAACGGAGGAAUACAGUGGCAGCUCUGCCUAACUGUGUCCUUACCAAAGAAGCUCUGCGAGAUGGGCUGAAAGUGCUGAUCUCCAAGGAGGAUGAGCUGCUAUAUGCUGCCUAUGUGCAUACACUGGACAUACCUGACAUUUACAGCAUUGUCAUUGAAGGGGAGAGAGGAAACAGGCCAAGGAUUUACUCGCUGGAACAGUUGCUUCAGGAAGCGGUUUUGGAUGUGCAACUGGAGACAGUGGAUGCGCUUACUGAUGGAACAAGAGUGUGUGCAUACUGGAGUGAGCGCUCAAGGUGCCUGUAUCCAGGAUAUGUCCGCAGAGGGGGUCCUGGAGACGAGCAAAAAGAAGGAUCUGUCAUGGUGGAGUUUGAUGAUGGAGAUCGUGGCUGGAUUUCCCUCCCCAACAUCCGUCUUCUUCCACCUGGCUACCAAAUAUAUUGUGCAGAGCCUUCCCCAGCUCUCCUGGCUUCUCCGACUCGCCGCAGGAGGAGAAGCUCCACUCAAGAGAAGAGCUCUCAGCAGAUUAAUGUUUCUUCCGAAUGGCAUGGCAACACAGAACCAGGGAAAACAAUCAAGCUCAAGCCAGGGAGACCCAAAUCGGUCAGCUUAUCAACAAAAAGUGGAUCGCCCGAGAAUGUAGCUGGGUGUGUCCCCUCUCUUCUUACCUGGCCUUCUGUCACCAUGUCUAGAAAGAGACCAUCUCUGGAUUUGUUCCAGUUCAAUGGUUUGUCUAGGAAAACUUUAAAAGAGAAGGAGACAGACAUGUUCCCCUUGCUUGGUUCCACUAUGGGUACACCAGCUAAGGGAAUGUUUAGCACCUCCUUCGAGGUAGACUCUUUUAGCAGCAUUGCUAAUGGUUUUACAACUUUUGGAAAUCAACAACCACCAUCUGGGUUACAACUUUGUCAGAAGAGCUCCUCAAGUGUUCGGGGCAGAAAGACAGGAGACAGGAAAGAGUACCUCAUUAAAUUGGACCAUGAAGGAGUAACCUCUCCAAAGACAAAAAAUGGAAAAGCACUUAUGCUUCUUGGAAAUGGGGAGUUUGAAUCAAGAGUUGGGAGACUGGAAAAGAGCUCUGGGACCAAAAAUAUUGCUGAUCAGACCUCUCAUAUAGACUGCUCCCAGUCAAUGUUAUUAAUGAAGGAUGCCAAGAGAAGUAGUAGCCACCUCCUCAAGAGUUCCUCUGACAUGCGGAAACAUUCUCAGGGUCUAGGGCUUGGUGAAUAUCCAGAUUAUGCAUUGAACUGCCACAGCGAUUGUCUUAGCUCCUACUCGGACAUGGAUGAAGAUGAAGAAGAUGAAGGGGAUGCUAGAAGGGCGGCGAUGCAAAACCCUAGGCGCUUUCUCUCUCAUCUGUCCAUCUCCUCCUCUUCCUCAGGUUCCUCAAGCUCAUCAAGUUCAGGCUCACUGUCCAGUUCUAGUGCCUGCUCCUCUGACAAUGACUCAUCCUACAGCUCAGAUGAAGAGGAAGCAUCUCAACUUCUCCUGCAGGGUUGCUUGUCCUCCCAUCAUGCAGUGCUCCAACAACAACAGCAACAUCCUGAGCCAACAACUGCCCCACCACAACACUCAUUUAUUGCUAAAGCCAUGUCUGUGACCAGCCCAAAGGCUAUGGUCAGCAAUGGUACAGGCAAGCAUCAACGAAAAAAGGUGAUUCCUAGUAACACCCUGUCAACAGCACAAACCAAAAUGUCCAAGGACUGUAACAAAAAGCAAAAGACAGACAGUCCACCCAACUCCUCUGCUUUUGUGCCAGCACGUCAAUUGUGGCGUUGGUCUGGAAACCCCACUCAGAGACGAGGUCUAAAAGGAAAGGCACGGAAACUCUUCUACAAGGCCAUUGUCCGGGGUAAAGACAUAAUCAGAGUGGGCGAUUGUGCUGUGUUUCUAUCUUCUGGCCGACCUCACCUUCCUUAUAUCGGCCGCAUCGAGAGCCUGUGGGAAUCUUGGGCCAGCAAUAUGGUCGUGAAGGUGAAAUGGUUUUAUCAUCCUGAAGAGACUAAAUUGGGCAAAAGGCACCGGGAUGGCAAGCAUGCCCUUUAUCAGUCUUGCCAUGAGGAUGAAAAUGAUGUCCAAACUAUCUCCCAUAAGUGUCAGGUGGUUAGCCGAGCUGAAUAUGAGCACCUCAGCCGCCUAAGGAAACCCAACAGCAACAGCCAGGACCUCUACUACUUGGCUGGAACAUAUGACCCCACUAGUGGCCAGUUGGUCACAGCUGAAGGAGUAUCAAUAAUCUGCUAGCGUUCUGUCAUAUGGAUGUACUACUGAAGAAAUUCUUUCUCCUUGAGGGAGGAUACCUAAAGGGCUGACAAUCGAUUUUUAUUGUGUACAGAAUUGUUUCAGAUCAAAGUCCCAUAAUUGGACACUAAACUAGCACUCCAUGGGAUAAAGAAGAGGAAGAUGAGCUCUUUACUGGUCUACUUUGUAGCUACGCCUCACCCAUCUUAAUGGGUGACAACUGGGGCUGACACCAUCACAAACUCAACAGCCAAGGAAAGAAGUUUUAGUUCUCAGUGAAAAUGAUGAGGCACUGGACAUAUUCUAAGCAAGAUUUUAUUAAUUUAUAUUAACUAUGUUAAGGUGAAUAUUUCAGUUUCACUUUUCUGGAAGCCCUGGACAGAGCUGGGUUCACUUUAGACUGAUCAUACUUCAUCAGGACGUUUUUUUUUGUUUGUUUGUUUUUAAUUAUUAUUAUUAUUAUUAUUAUUUUAUUAUUAUUUUUUAUCUCAGUUGGACCAAAACUAUUGCAUGGUGUGUGUGUGUGUGUGUGUGU